AUGGCGGAAAAACCGAAGAAGAUAAAGGAUAUGUAAGUUUCCGAUAGCUUUUGGGACUGCAUUACCGUGCCCAGCGUGUCAAUGAUCUGAUAAAUUUCAGCAAAGGAUAUUCUUCUAUUGCACAGCUGCAACAAGAAGUUGGGGAAGAGCAGAAACCUAAAGAUGACCAAGAGAGAAGGUCGGGAAGAAGAAGGAACUCUAAGGCCAAGUCCGAUGAGGUGAUUUCUUUUUUUCAGCAAUGUUUUUUUACUGUAAUUUCGAAAGGGUUUCGCUUUUUUCACAAAAAAACGUGUCUCUUGAAGGGCUCCAGGAGAGAAAAGGAAAAAGGAAAGAAGCGGGAGACGGGCCUCCUUAGCUCAGCGGUAGAGCGUUGGACUUUUAAUCCAACGGUCAGGGGUUCGAUCCCCCUAGGUGGCUUGAACGUUUUUGUUAUUUUUUAUGGAUGGUUGAUUGAGUUACUGUAUUAAGAAUGUUUUUAGAUGCUUCUUGACUUCUCGUUCUGUCACAUUAUUUUUCUAUUUUCAUUUCUAAACCUUUCAGAAAUUAAAAAAACGUGAUUACACGAAGGAGUACGUGUUUCCCAAUUUCCAAGCCUCAAUGCUGGACCCACCUCCACUGUAUCCCAACUCUUCUGGCAGUUCCUCAUCCAGCUUCGUUGAUAACAAUGCGUAUCAGCGAGCCGAUCUGACAAAUGUCAGAGUUCCUUCCCCGCCAAAGCAUAGCUCCAAAAAGAAUAAACCAUCUCCGAAAGCACCGGUCUGCCCAGUCAGUCCAUUCCCAAGCCGAGUUGGAAGUCUCGCCAGUACGGAGAGCGCGAAAUCAAGCGGUAAUGGACGUGGAAUCAAUCUCAAAGAGUGUUGCAAAAAAGAAGAAGAGGACCCGGCAAGUGUGAGCAGUGCAAAAAGUAGAAGUUCUUCGAAGAUUAAGUUCAAUUGGGAUGACGAGAGAGUCAGUUUGGUGGCAUUGGCUGGUGCGACGGUUCCACAUUGGUAUGGAAGAAAGGAUAAGAGUUCCCAGCGCGAGAAUGAAAAGUCUGAGAUGUCCAAGCCGAGCGUUCAGGAUAGUGUUUGUUCGGUGGGAUCGAUUAGAGGUAAGAUAAUAUAAAAAUAUAACAUGUGGACAAUUUGAUGACCAUUUCUUUUGAUUUUAGAUUCCAAAGACCUUGAUCGUGCUUUGAUGAAAGGUCUGAAGGCUAAACGGGCCAAGCAAAAGCAAGCUGAAGAUAGCCAGAAGUCAGAGAAGAGAAAGUCUUUAAUCGAGACCGAGUUCCGCAACUCUGAACCUCCCUUGAGUGAGCAGGAACAAUUUGUGGUGAAAGAAGCCGAACGCCGCUACAGAAAAGCCAGACAUGCCCUGAGGCGAUUGGAGAAAAACGUCCAGAUCUCACAGGCGAUGGUUGUGGAGGCACAACGCUAUGAGGAGAAAACCAGGGAUGACUUGGAGGCCAUCAAAAAGACCCUCAAGUUUCGGCGCUCGCAUAAAGUUGAUCCAAGUGAGUCAAGAGUGAUAUUACUGAGGAUUACUGUAAUUUUUAGUUUUUUGAUAAGCUUGAUGAUAUUGUUUUAGAAGAUGACCAGCGUCUCGAGAGAUAUUUGAAGAAGUACCGACAGAUUCAGCAAAAAAUGCGAGGCAAAAGAAAUGCAUCGGUGCGAAAAUCGGAAGGAGAAUCAACCGAUCAAUCGGAUUUGAAAUUGGAAAAUGAUUUGGGAAAAGGAAAGGAGAAGGAACGGAAGAGAAGCCGGUCAAAUGAUACUAGUUUCGGUGAGUAUAUUUUUUUUUAUUUUUAUAAAUCAAGGUGAAGACCUAGAACUACAGGAUUGAUUGGCGUCUUCCUUGUUUCAGGUCCAUUCGACGACCGCAGCUUCCAAAUGUCCUUCAAGUCGGAAAAGAGCUCCAAGAAGUCGAGAAACAGCCGCAGUUUGACUGGAUUUUACUCAUCGACCAAUAGAUCUCAAUCGCGUCAGAAAUCGGGCAAGAAGAAGCAGAAGAAGCCAUCUGAAUGGAAAAGACCCUCAAAGAACACGUCUUCCAAAACCUCGACUAUUGUGUCGUCCAGAGGCGGAUUGGCCAAGUAUUUCAAGUCCGGAUCGUCGGUUCAAUGUGAGAUUUUUUGGUGACUAAAAGAGUGAUGAUUCGAAAUUUUAGCGAGUGGAGAAAAACCUCGUCGAAGACGCGACGGACUCCUCGAUUGCACCUGCCCGUACAGAAAGCUGUUCAAUGAAGUGUUUAUUGGAUAUCGGACCGUCAAACAGAUCGCUGAGGAUGUCCGUCCAAGCGAGGUCAAGCUGUUUUACCGUCUCCCGAGCAGAAUCAAAGACAUGACCAACAAAGCCCAACUUCAUAUGGCCUACAGAAGUCUCCCUGAAGAAGUAAAAAGAUUUUUUUUUUGAUGUGAAGUUUGCUUAUUGGAGUGUAAAUUUAAUUUGGAAUAUUUUCAGGACGGCAAAUCUGAUUUGUUCGCCUUCCCAAUCGUGAAAGUUCUCUCCAAAGAUCAGGCCUUUUAUCACGUGGAGCAUGGUCAAGAUCAUCCCAGAACCUUUCCCGAUCUCAUCAGUCUGAUGCGACAUUACUCCAUCUACUCGUACAUGAACUAUGAAGACAACCGAGUCGAGACUUUCCCGGUCUGGGAAAAGUCUAUGGAGAAGUUCAAGGUGUAA